AUGUCAUUUCAAUUAGACACGAGCUCCUUUGGUUUUGACAUAAAAAAAGCACAUGCUCAAGUCCUUAAUGGUUCUCCAGAUUGCUCUUGGGCUGUUUUUGGAUAUGCCAAAGGUCAAGGAAAUACUUUGAAAGUGAUUGCUACUGGAAAUGACGAUUAUGAAUUUCUUGAUGAAUUUGAUGAAAAUGCUGUUUUGUUUGGUUUUUUGCGUGUAAAAGACACCAAUACAGGUCUUCAUAAGUUUGUGUUGGUUUCUUGGUGUGGUGAGGCUGCUCCUAGUUCUCGAAAAGGCUUAUUCCCCAUUCAUUCUUCCUCAGUUACUCGCUUAUUGAAUGGUUACCAUAUACAAAUUACUGGCCGUGAAUCUUCUGACCUCAAUCUGGACGAUAUUGUUCAUCGUGUCGCUGACGCAAGUGGUAGUAAAUAUUCCUCGAAUACUUCCCUUUCUCCGACCCCUUCUGCUGCUUCCAAACCUGUCAAUGUUCCAUCAUCUGCUCCUGCUCCUGCUUCUUCUCGUUCUCAAGCUUCCUCUCCUGGCUCCCUUUCCGCUACUAUGCCUCCGCAGAAACCUACUCCAGAAGAUUAUCGUUGGAACGAUACUUACACACAACGUCCUUCUCGACAAUCUUCUCUUCGUAUUCCCGUGAAUGCUAGCUGGCCAACUGCACCUACUUCUGCUGCUCAACAAGACCCUGAAAAGGAAGGACAUACUGAUUUAUCUGCUGCUGCUCCUGUUCACCCAAUUUCACUUCCGAAGCCCGACGCUUCACAUACGGUUCCUUCUAGACCAAUUUCUUCGCAACCUAUGCCUUCCUCUUCUACUGCAACGCCUGCCAAGGAGGAGUCGAACCCCUCAAUUUCAGAGACAUUUGCUGAAUCUACUAAAAGUCCCGCUUCAGAGUUAGAACAACUUCAUGCUAGUGGAAACGUAAAUUUGUCUGCUAGAAGGGCCAUGUUUGAACGCUUUCAGCAAGACAAUAAACCUUCUACUGGUCCUCAAACAAAAUCCCAGCCAACCAAGUUAAGACAUAAUUUUGAAUCUGCUGCUGCUUCAAAAGCUCAAAACCCAGACUUCAAGCAUGGCCCAAAAGUCGAUGCAUUUGCAAAUAACAAGAACGAUGAGCCUAAAGAACCGACAACGAAUCCACCAAGCGUUGCUUCUUUACGAUCUCGCUUUGCCAGUCAAAAUUCGAACAAUGAAUCCAAUUCAACUGCUACUACUGACGUUCAGUCUUCUAAGAAUGUUCCCUCUGUUGGUAAUCCUCCAUCUGCUCCGGAAUCGAUGCCUGUUCCUGCUAAUGCGGCUCCCAUGAUGCAAGCUCCUUCUGCGCCAACUAUGCCUCCAAGACCCGAGUCUACCAAAAAAGUGCAAUCUCAUCCAGGAGCCUCUUACGCUCCAUCACCUCCACCUCCUCAACGACAACAAGAGGUUCAGACACAGGAUCUUCCUCCUGCCCCUCCUGUCCCUCCUGUCCCUGAGCAGACCGCUACGCCAUCUGCUGAAGCAAACUUGCAAACUUCUUCACCAACUCCACCUGCCAUGCCAGCCAAAUCUGACGAGGAAGCGGAAACUGACACUACUAUACCUCCUCUUCCACCUGUAGUAGAAACACCUCCUCCACAACCACCUCUUCCUCCCACUCCUGAAAUUAAAACUCGGGAGAACGAGGAUGGAUUAAGCAUUGCACCAGAGUCUUCUUCAAAAACGCCAGCUCUUGUGAUUUAUGAUUAUUCGCCAGAGGAAGAGAACGAACUUGAAUUGACAGAAGGUGAAAAAAUCCAAAUCCUCGACUUCGUUGACGAAGGUUGGUGGUUUGGUGAAAAUUCAAAUGGCAAGCAAGGAUUGUUUCCUUCCAAUUAUGUUGAGCUUUUGCAAGAGGAAAAGAUUGCUCCAGCUCAGGCACCUGAAAGUAAUGUCGAGGAUGGUUCAGGGCAAACUUCCGUGAAAGCCAUUUAUGACUAUCAAGCUCAAGAAGACAAUGAAUUGAGCUUUUAUGAGAAUGAUUUUAUUACAAAUGUCGAUCAGAUUGAUCCUAAUUGGUGGGAAGGUGAAUGCCAUGGACGCCGCGGUUUGUUUCCUUCCAAUUAUGUUGAAGAGAUUUAG